AUGGAAUAGAUCAUCGUAUAAACACCAGGCCUAGUUCAAAUGCUUUAUGCAGCUUACUACUUUGUUAAGGGCAUAUAUACAUUAGAAUAGGUUUAAGAAGUGAUUGCACAAGUGAAAGACAUUCAAACAAAAGACACCAAAACCAUGAUUGCCUCUCUUAAACACGAGUUUCAAUCAGAAUUACUGAGGGAACUGUUUUAUUUCUAUUACAGAGCUCUAAGUUUUCAAAAUGCCUUCCUCAAUACCUAAUACUUAUAGGAAGAUGGAGUUGAAUAAGACAUACAUUACUUAGAAGGCCUAAUAAGUGUGAAGACUAAAGGAUACUGA